CGCCAUGUGGCAUGCCACCUAAGAUUAUUCUGCUGACUCAUCAUAAAAAUGCCAUGCCAUGUAGGAUUAAAAAACUGACAAUUAAAGAAGAAGAGGAAUACCAAGCACAUUUUUCAUUUCCGAUUAACUGGUACGGAGCACAUAACCUUUUUUAAUUAUUUUAAGGGUUUUUCUCUUCUUUCUCCUCCCUGAAGAACGGUCAUUCCCUCUGAUGAAGACGAAAGACCGGAGACCUAUUCAUCGAAUAUUUGACAUGAUGGCCUCUCUGGGAGAAACAAAUAUUGUAACCAACGUCCUCAAGAAGGCUGCGAAAGUUCUUCAUUACCGCCACGAGAGGAAUUCUGCCCGUCACUCCAAGCCACCAAUUUGGACAGAUGGUUUUAAUGAAAACGGUAGCUCUACGGAAACAAUCUCACCUCCUAAAGCUAACCAAAAACCCAAUGGUGUCCAGAAGGGAGGCUCUUUGAUUACACUUAAUAAGCAAUGUGCUGGUGAAGCAACAAUUGUUUAUGGACAUGGGGCUGACAUUGAGACAUUAAUGCCAGAGUUAAGGCACCCCGAUUACUACACUAUGCCUCAGAUCCAAGAGCUUCCAGCCAUGGAAAGGGCUGAACUUUGAUUCAUCCACCAUCUCAGCAAUUUUGUCGUGGGAAGAAAGGCCAU